CUCUGGUCCCAGAUUCUGUCCAGCAGGGAAUGACAGGAGCCAGUGAAUCGUGUGGUAAAGGAUUAGAGAUGAGAGGAGUGAGCUGUGUGGACGAGUAUGAUGAGAUGGCAGCUGUGUCAGAGUGUCUCCAGUGGGCCGGGCCGAUGCCGUCACGCUUCAGGAGCUGCUGGGUGCCAUGCAGGGAUGACUGCACCUUCAGUUCCUGGUCUAUAUUCUCUGAAUGCUCUGGCUGUGGAAGCCGACGUACCCGCAAACGCACACUAACAGGUUGGAGCCGGAAACAAGACCGCUGUCAGCGGGAAGACUUGUACCCUCUGGUGGAGUCCGAGCACUGUCCGUGUGAGGAGUUUGUUUCUCAGCCAUAUGGUAAUUGGACGUCUUGUAUCCUAUCGGAGACCCCAGCACAAGGAUCCCUCCAGGGAUGGAGGGGUCAGCAAGAGGCGCGUGACUGCGGUCAGGGAUUGCGUUAUCAUGCUGUGGUCUGUCUGGACCACGAAGCCCACCUGGUUAGCCCAGACCGCUGCAGUGAAUCAGGUCUGAUGGAGGAGGUCUGCCACAUACCCUGCCCUCUGGACUGCAAGCUGAGCGACUGGUCGCCGUGGUCGGCCUGCAGCGCCUCCUGUGGCAGCAGGCUGAAAAUCAGGUCCAAAUGGCUACGGGAGAAGCCAUUCAACGGCGGGCGGCCAUGCCCCAAACUAGACCUGAAGAAUCAGGUGUAUAAGGCUGUGCCCUGUCGAAGUGAGUGCGGUCAGUACGAGUGGGUAACAGACCCCUGGUCAGUCUGCACCAUCAACACAGUGGACGAGCUGCCAGCCUGUGGUGAGGGUGUCCAAAGCCGCAAGAUUCGGUGUGUGAGGCGUAGCAGUGAGGAUCUGGUUAGCAGUGUGAAUGAGACCCUGUGCGACCAGGAAGAAAUCCCUCUCCAAGCUCAGACCUGCGUCCUGCCAUGCCCUAAUGACUGUGUGAUGUCCCAGUGGAGUCAAUGGAGCACCUGUUCAAUACCAUGUAAUGAAAGCACAGUGAGGAUGAGGACGAGACACAUGCUGCGCCCCCCAGUGGCCGACAGAGUGUGUCCAGACAGCACCCAGACAGAGCCCUGCAGCCUCAACAGCACCUGCUUCAAUUAUCACUACAAUGUCUCCGGCUGGAGCACCUGUCAGCUGAGCGAACAUGCCAUCUGCGGCCAGGGCACGAGGACACGACUGUUAGAUUGCAUCCGCAGCGAUGGCAAAGUUGUGGAUUUGAGUGUGUGUGAGGAGCUGGGCCUGCCUCAACCGUGGAGACUGGCGAUGAACUGUGUGGUGGACUGUUCCUUUAACUGCAUCCUGUCUGACUGGGCGCCCUGGACCGAGUGUUCACACACCUGUGGCAGUAAAGGUGUUAUGAUUCGCUCUCGCAGCAUGCUUCAGCAAGCUCAUGAGGAGGGACGCCCGUGCGCCUCUCAGCUUUCCCAGACCAAACCCUGUCCCAUCAGCCCCUGCUACACGUGGCUUCUGAGCGAUUGGUCUCCCUGCACAGUGGAGGGGGCAGACUGUGGAGAGGGCAAGAGGGAGAGGAACCUGACGUGUGUGGUGCACUGGUCAGACUGGCCGGACAACCCCUACCCUUCGAAAACGGUAGAGGACGAGAAAUGUGGAGACCGAGUGAGAAAGGAAAGCGAGCAGGAACUGCAGCAGCCGUGUUUCGUCCCCUGUCCAGGAGACUGUCACCUUACAGAGUGGUCGCAGUGGAGUUCCUGUCAGCUGACGUGUCUGGAAGGACGUAGUUUUGAGACGGUGGGCCGUCAGGCACGCUCACAGGCUGUGGUCAUACAAGUGCUGGAGAAUCAGGACAGCUGCCCUCACCAAGUCUUUGAGACACGUCCAUGUAAAGGAGGGAAAUGUCACAGUUACGAGUGGAGGACCAGCGCCUGGAAUGACAACGAAAGAUCAGUGUGGUGCCAGCGGUCUGAUGGGGUCAAUGUGACAGGGGGCUGCUUUCCACAGAACCGGCCAACCACUGUGCGGCACUGUGACCCUCCCUGCACCAAACCCUUCUCCCACUGCAAGCAGAGCGGCGUGUGUGGCUGUGAAAAGGGCUACACUGAAGUGAUGACCACACAUGGAUUCCUGGAUUAUUGCACCAAGACCCCAGGAGCUGACAACAAGAAGGCAGAUGUGAAGACCAGCUCGGGAAGAUUAAAACCAGGCACCACUCAGAUCCAGGACUUCUUCGGGGAGUGGUCCCUGCAGCCACUCGGCCCAGAUGGAAGAAUAAAGCUGUGGGUCUAUGGGUUAACAGCUGGAGGAUUCAUUCUCAUAUUAUUCAUAAUUACUGUGGCCUUUCUGUUUUGCAAACCAUCCAAACAGAGUAAAAGUUCAUCUCCACCACAGAAGCCCCUGACUCUGGCCUAUGACGGGGAUGUGGACAUGUGAUCAAGCUCUCUGUGACUGUACAUUCAAAGCACAAGCUGGACUACGUGCAACAUUUUAAUAUGUUCAUUUCUCCAAGGCACCCUUUGGAUUUUGGGAAAAAUAAAAAAAAGAAACAGACAUCGAAGAACAUUUCGAUCUUGAAGUCUGAAGCGUACACGAAACGUUGUGUGCAAGACAGCAAGGACAAAGGUUGUGGAUCAGUGGUCGUAGUCGUGAAAAUCGUGACAUUUAAAGAGGGUACAAGACACAGCUGACAUUCCAUGGACCAGAUGGAGGACUUCGACAUUUUCUUGCCGUGAUUUUUCUUACAUCAGAAAAAAAAGAGAAAAAAAAAAAAGUUCAAAUUGUGCUGAAUCUAUUGUAUCAGUCACAUUAAAAGCCAGUUCACCCAAAAAUGAAAAGUGUUUCAUCAUUUACUCACCCUCAAACCUGUAUGACUGGAUCACGACCGGACA